AAAUCAAAUUUGGAAUUACCGGGAAUGAUACUACUUGUGUUCAAAAAAAAAAAAAAUACCUACCAGAAUAAUAAUUGAAUUAAUUAAAUAUAACAAUAAUAAAGAAGAAUUAUAUCAUAAAUAUCACGAAUCGUUCAAUAUCUAAAACGCUUUUUAAAAUUCAAAAUAUAUUUAAUUUUGGGAACAUUUUUUAGUGGAAAAUAUAACGUCCGAAAACAUAAACAAAACAUAAGGCACCAAUUUAUAAUAAAUAGUCAUAUACAAAAGAAAUAUACGAUCAACACCUCAUUUGAUGCAAAUAUGGUACUUCAAUUAACUGGGUUAGUGGUGUCAUAAUGAGAAGAAUCAACCGUCGGUUGGUUUUUUUGUCGAUCGUACUCGCGUGUGAUUUUGCUUGUGUUUUUGGACGUCCACAGAGUACACCAUCAAAUCAUUUAAAAGAUGAUGUCCAUAAUAACAGGAACGAAGGAAUAUCAAUACCAUCCAUUAUUAACUUCGAGAGUUCAACAGCACCAAGUGAUGGCCGAUCUCAUACUACUAAAAAUUCAUUAAUGGGUGAAUCGAUUAAAACAGUCUCUGAUCAACUUUUACAAACAUCAGUAUCCAACAAUGUGGAUGUUAGACCGCCACAAAAUUUUGAGUUGUCCCCCAAAGGUGAAGCUGUACCAGUACUUACCGAUGAAGAAGUCCAUUCGGUUGGUACAUAUACUUAUAAAAUAACAACCGAUGGAUCAACAAAACCAACUGGAGAUUUAUCUACGUGGGUUCUUUUAGGCGGAGAAUCAUCUUCCCCUACGCCUAUGAAUUUGGCAAGUAUUAAAAAAGUACCUAAGCCUGUUGACGCAACAUCGUCUUCAUUUAUUCAACCAUAUGAAACUAGCACCAAAAAAAGAAAACCUACGACAGAAAAAAUAACUACCACACGUAUUCCUGACACAGAAUCAUCUGUUAAACUGCAAGAUUCUAAGUUUAAAAAUAAAACACCCGUUAUAGUAGGAAAAUUGCCAUCUACGCCAGUAAUGAAAGAAAAAAUCGAUGAGAUAACUACUCAACUUCCAGAAAUUUUACCAGUUGAAAGUAAUACAAGGUUUGGGACUCCUGUUGUAACGUUUCCACAUGUACCUCCAAGACAAAGACCAUCGGCAAAUAAUACGAGAAAAGUAAUAUCACAAGAAAAACCUCAAUCAACUAAAAUAGCGUCAACAGCUGUAGUUAUUUCAAAGCCAAUAAAUACAUCAACAACAGAAGCCCCUUUAACUGUAUCAACAGUUUCUGCCAGUCAUAUUUCAACAACAACAUUUGAAUUACAAAGCACAACUGAAAGUAAUAAUACCACAACUAAUAACACAAGUUCAACUGUAAAAAAUACUUCUUUAAAAAAGAAAAAGAAAAAGAAGAAUAAAAAUAAACGUAGGCCAAUUAAAACAUCAAAUGAUGGUGCUCAAAGUAAAAUUGACGAACAAAGUACUAAAAUACCAUCAGGCAAACCAAUAUCAACUACAAUAUAUAACUAUUUGGCUCGUGAAGUUAUGCCGAGCGUUGGAGUUGGCUUAGUUGGAUUGAUGUUGACUGCAGGCUUAGCAGGCCUGUUGUUAUACUCUCCAAUGGGAGGGGCUGCCGUACCCUUAGUACCACUAAGAAGGAAUGAUCCUCAUGUUCACAGUCAUAGUCAUAACUCAGGAUAUGUACCACCUGACACAGACAAUUCUCGACCAGAAGAACAAGUGUUUGGUCAAGUUUUAUCGGGAAUGUCCUAUGGACACAAUCCUUAUAGCAGAGAACGGCCAGAUGGUGUUUUACCUCCAACUCAAAAAUACAAGCCAUCAUUUGAUCAUCACGCUGAGUAUCCUGUUCGAGAAGUUCCAAAAUAUACAGUUGACAAUUCUAAAUAUCCAGUAAACGACGCAAAUAAAUAUGCAGCUGUAGAAACAAAUAAAUAUUCUGUAUCAGAUACUUCAAAGUAUAAUACACCAGAUACUAUAAAAUAUUCUGCUCCUGACAGCCCCAAAUACACUGCUCUAGAUGCAACUAAAUAUUCUGUACCGGAAUCCACAAAAUAUUCUGAACCAGAAGCUAUCAAAUAUUCUGAACCAGACACCUCCAAAUACUCAACUAUUGAUAUAAGUGUCCCCCAAGAAAAAGUAUCUUAUUCAUCAUUAGAAUCAUCACAAAGUCCAAACUUCGAGGAAACUCAAGAAAACCAAGAACAUACUUUUAAAAAUCAUCAUUACGAACAAUUGAAAUUUGAUGCAUCUAACGCAUAUGAAAAACCAAAAUAUGAAAGUUCUUCGGAAAUACAAGGAUCCACCUACAAUGAAAACCCAUCAUCAUUUGAAGUGCCCAAAUACCCUGGUUAUGUUCAAGAUGUACCAAAAGAAUCUGUUGGUAUAAAUUACAGCUAUGAUAAUCCUCAUAACGAAGAAACAUCAAGUUCGAAAUCUCCUUCAGAUCCUACAUUUUCUGCUCUCCAAGGUGUUCCUAAAUUUUAUAAUCCGAGUGAUUCUGAGCAAAUUUCUGUAAAUGUUCGACAAACCAUGACAAUGGAACAUGGACCAAGAAGUUUAAGAAUAAGACGCCAAGUAGACGAGCAAAACGAAAUCGAUGCUCAACUACCUGAAGAAACUACUUCCAAACUUGAUGAAACUACAUAUAUAAAAAAAGUUGAAUCUCAGAAUAAUAGUGCAGAAAUAACCUCUACAAUUACAAGUCAGACUACAACUCAAAAUAAUAUAACUGAACCAUCAACAAAUCCUUAUUCACUAAUCGAAAUUCUAAAAAGAAUUGCUGAAAUUAAAUUGAAAUUGGGAAUAGAAAUUCUUAGAAAUACAGCUGCGAGUGUAACACAUUAUGUUAAUGCUGUACAAACAAGAAUGACAGAAAUGGUAAGGAGUCUUCAAAAAUCUAAUAAGACAAGCGAGCCUGUAAUAAAACAAAAUCAGAGAGAAAAAAGCCCUUCAAAAUCUACUGAACAACGUCAAAGAAGAUCAAUAAGGCAUAGAAUCCUAUCAAACUAAAUUUCCUAUUUUCUGUUUGUAAAAUUUAAUAUGGUGAAUUGAUGGGAUAAUGUACAUUGCAAUGAAAUUUUCUCUUACAAUAUUUUGAAGAUUAAAAACUUACCUGACAAAAUAUUUUUUAAAAAAUGUAAGAAAUAUUUUGAAUUUUAAGUUUUGAGAUCUAUAAACAUAUUCUAAUCACACAGAUUCAUAAUAUGUUUUAAGAGAAAAUAAUAGUAUGUUUUUAAAUAUGAUGUUUACUUACAUAUUAUUAGUUUUACAUUUGAAAUACUACGUAGAUUUUUAU